CGCGACAGUCAUGUAACGUAUUACGUUGGCCGGUGUCGUAUAUUUUGCAGAAUCACCAUGGCGUUGAAAGAGACCGCGGGUCUGUAUGAGACACUCAAAGCAGAAUGGAACAAGAAAACCCCGAAUCUGGGCAAAUGUGGAGACCUUCUGAGCAAACUCAAGAUUUCAUUACUAGAGCUGAAUUUUUUACCUACCACUGGGUCUGCCCUCACCAAGCAGCAGCUGAUUUUAGCCCGUGAUGUUCUUGAAAUCGGAGCCUUGUGGAGCAUCCACAAGAAGGACAUUCCAUCCUUUGAGAGAUACAUGGCCCAACUAAAAUGUUACUACUUUGACUACAAGGAGGAGCUGCCUGAGGCCGCCUACAUGCACCAGUUACUUGGACUGAACCUGCUCUUCCUGCUCUCACAGAACCGCGUGUCCGAGUUUCACACAGAACUUGAGAGAUUGAGUGCACGAGAUAUUCAAACCAACGUAUACAUCAGGCACCCAGUGUCCUUAGAGCAGUACUUGAUGGAGGGAAGCUACAACAAGGUAUUUCUUGCCAAGGGCAACAUCCCCGCUGAGAGCUACACCUUUUUUAUAGAUAUUCUGCUUGACACAAUUCGUGAUGAGAUUGCCGGUUGCAUAGAGAAGGCCUAUGAGCAAAUUCAGUUCAGUGAAGCUACACGGGUGCUUUUCUUCAGCUCCCCCAAAAAGAUGACAGAGUACGCCAAGAAGAGGGGAUGGAGUUUGAGCGCAGAUGGCUAUUACUCUUUCACCAAUCAGCAGCAGCGGACAGAGGAGGUGACCAUCCCCUCCACGGAGCUGGCACAACAGGUCAUCGAAUACGCACGACAGCUGGAAAUGAUUGUGUAAUCCGCCCCCAGAAACACUCUCAACCGUGUACAGACGCACUCAGAAAAAAAAAAAAACACGCCACUGACCCAACAUACACCCAGUCAACUCAAAUGCAGUUUCACCAAGGGAUACGACUUCAUCUAUUGCCACAGGGGCUGAUUUGUUUUCUAUACCUAAGAAACGUGUCAACAUUUAUUUUUCUUGCCUUCUUUAAUUGAUAUGGAUAUUGGUAUACAUAUAUACACAUACAUAUAUAUAUCUAUUGAAAACAUUUGAAGGUUUAACAACAAUAAAAAUGUUUAUUUUAUUGGGUCAUUCCCACACAGUUAUAGAAAAACAAGAAAUUCACGUCCAGCUACCACAUUUAGAAACCUUGGUGAUCAGACUAUUUACAACCACAUGUAGGUGUCACAAAACUAUCAACACAUUUUUUUUUUUUUUUUAAACUUCAACCAAGCUCUUUUUGUAUACAAACUUUUCUCCUUAGUAGAACUCACUGUAAUGUAUCACCCUGACUUCUAUCCACAACCUAAAGAAUUGCCAUGGGGUUUUGUGAGUGUUUUCUAAAUAGUAAUACCUCUUCCUCUUUAGAUGGUUUGUAAUCCAGUUGACCUUACAAUGCAAAUAUUUGUCUGCAAUAAAUGAUUCUGAAAAUAAACCUUUUGAAUGAC